AUGACCUUCGUUCAUUCACCAUUUUCUUCAUUUUUUAACUUUUUCUUUUUCUUUUGUCUUCUUUCGUUUCUUUUCUUUCUUUUAGGAUUUCUUUCUUUUUUAUUAGUUUUCUUUCUUAUUUCAUUUGUUCUUCUUUUAUUUAAGUAUUUCGUUUCUCUAGUUCACCUUUUCUUUUUUUCCUGUUCAUCUUAUUUUCGCAUUUUUCUUUCUUUCUUUCUUUCUUUCUUUCUUUCUUUCUUUGUCAUUCCUUUCUAUCAAGAUAUCUUUCUUUUCCUUUCUUAUUUUUAUUUAAUAUUUUCUUUCUUCUUCGAGUUCCCUUUUCUUUCUUUUUCAUGCUAUUAUUUUCUUUCUUUCUUUCUUUCUUUCUUUCUUUCUUUUUCACACUAUUAUUUUCUUUCUUUCUUUCUUUCUUUCUUUCUUUCUUUCUUUCUUUCUUUCUUAAAUUAUCUUUCUUUUUCUUUCAUUUUCUUUCUUUUAUUGAUUUUUCUUUCUUUCUUUUUAUUUUCACGUUAUCUUUCUUUUUCUUUCCUUUUCUUUCCAUAUCUGCCAUUUAUUUCUCAUUUUCUUCCCUUUUCCAAAUUCACUCUUUCUUUCUUUCUUUCUUUCUUUCUUUCUUUCUUCCGCCCCUUUAACUUUCUUGAUUUGCAAACCUCUUCCUCCCUCCAAAUACCCGACAUUAGCCAUCUUUUCUUUACGAUUUUCUCCCCAUCACUUAUCCUCUUUACUCUUUCGCAAUUAAUUCGUUAUCCAACCCUGUCAUGGCUCUCCACCACUACCAGGCUCCGAGCAUUUCAAUUCUUCAAACCCUCCUCGCUUUCACAAGAGUAA